AUGACCGUGACUGCAUACAGGGCCUGUCAUGCCCUCGCCGUGGCAACAGUGAUUCUCUUGGGAACAUGGAUCCUCGUCAAGCAAUUCUGUGACAUACCGCAGAGUUGGCGCGCCGAUCGUGGAAUAUCUGUCUUUCGUGGAAACCUACCGUCGGCGCCUCAGUAUGACCUUCCCGACACGCCCCCAGCAAGCCACCAGCCCGAAUCGGAAGACCCGAGUCUCGAGCCUCAAGUUCCCACCUCUACAGAGCCUACAACAGUACUCAAGGGCUCAGGAUCUCGACCAAUAAUCAGCGCGGACGAUUCAAUCGCCAACGCCAACACCCAUCAUAUGAGCUUUAUGAAACCGAGGGAGAAGGACCAACACAUGAUUCAUGCAUGUCUAGACCUAGCUGAUCAAAAGUCCGUGGCGAGGCUUUCUGCAGCGAUCUGUUCUUUGAUUAUCCAGGAGACAUUGGGCUGGGCCCAUUGA